AUGUCUAAUCCGGAAGACUACACCGUUGGUUGGAUUUGCGCCAUCACCACUGAGUACGUUGCCGCUCAGGCGUUCCUCGACGAAAGGCAUGACGGCCCAGCGUAUUUGCCACCCCACAGCAAGACAGACUACACGUUAGGAAGUGUUGGGAAGCACAAUGUCGUUAUUGCAGUCCUGCCUAUGGGAGAGUAUGGCACAAGCUCGGCGGCUCGGGUGGCAGAAGACAUGAUGCAUAGCUUUCCGAAUAUCCGCAUCGGUCUCAUGGUCGGCAUCGGUGGCGGCGCACCAAGCCAGAAGCAUGAUAUUCGUCUUGGAGAUGUUGUGGUCAGCAUUCCUCGAAAUGGCCAGGGCGGUGUCCUUCAGUACGAUUUUGGCAAGACGAUCCAGGGCCAAGCCUUCCAGGCUACGGGAGUUUUAGAUCAGCCACCUACCGUCCUACGUGCAGUAGUAAAUGGACUAGAAGCUCGAUACGAGAUCGAGGGAAACCAACUCGAUAACACAGUCCACAAGAUCCUCCAGAAGAAGAAACGACUACAAAAGAAGUAUCAGCGCCCGGAUCUAGCUAGUGAUCGGCUAUAUCAAAGUCAAGUUGUUCAUCCGGACGGUGAAUCAACUUGCGAUUUGUGUUAUCGUGAGGAUCUAUCCUGCCUAGUUCCGCGAUCUCCUCGCACCGAGGAUGACGAUAAUCCGGCCAUUCAUUACGGCCUCAUUGCCUCCGCCAACCAACUCAUGAAGGACGCUUUGAUUCGAGAUAGAUUGGCUGCAGAAAAAGACGUUUUGUGCUUUGAAAUGGAGGCAGCUGGAUUGAUGAACAACUUUCCUUGUCUAGUGAUCCGUGGUAUCUGCGAUUAUGCUGACUCGCAUAAGAACAAAGCCUGGCAGGGAUAUGCGGCCAUGGUUGCAGCUGCGUAUGCCAAAGACCUUUUGUAUCGAAUUGCUCCCCAGCAGGUAGAGCAGGAGGCAAGAAUUGUUAAUGUUUUGAAGGAAGGAGAUCACUAUACAAAAAUAACUUUCGGGAGUUAUAACUCCGGCUUUCAGGUUGGCGUGAACGAGAGCCCUAUUACCGUGACAUUCGGGGCAAAAUGA